AUGAAGGACACAAGGGAGAACCGCUUCCUGGCCUUCCUGAAGGGGCUGCGGUUGAAAACAGACCCGAACUUACCGGGUGCCAAGCAAAAAACGCCAUUCAACAUAAGCAGAUUCUGGCUGCUAGUAAUCAUGGUGAUAUAUACAGCCACCUCCGCGUGCAUCUACUUCGACUGGAGCGCCAUUCGCAAUUUGUUGCUCAGCGUGGGGAAGUAUAAGAACCUGAACGUGAGCGUAUACGCAGACAUUACCCUGUCCCCUCAGUAUAAACGAAUAAACAGCCUCUACCCGAUGACCCUAGCUAUACAUUUUACCAUGUCCGUUUUCUGUGGCUUUCUAUAUGAUCAUAUUGGUCCAAAAUUUACAGCCGCUAUUGGACAGAUGUGUAACAUAAUAUGUUGGAUUCUGUUAUCCAUCGAUUCUACCACCGUGGACACAACUCUCCUGGCCUUUAUAUUCCUUGGCUUAGGUGCGGACACUGCCUUCAUCCCCGUUUUAACCAUUUCGAAUCUUUACCCAGAUGCGUCCACCUUUAUCCUCACAGUCGUUGGAGCAGCUGCAUCGUUAAGUUACGCCGUCCCAGCGACGCUUAACAUCAUUUGCCGCAAGUACCCCUCUACAUCAUUUACAUACAUUUGUUAUGGGUAUAUAUUUCUAGUCCUAGUACCGUGCUUAUUAGUGGCCACUUUUCUGCUACCCCUUAAGCCCUUCAAAGGGUUAGACUACUACAUUAAGCAAGAUCAGAGCGCGAAAGGUGCCGCAGAAGGGGAUGUCCACCGUGACACAAAAAUGGUUCCUAGCCAAACGAAUGACGAAGUUGACGUGGAGAUGCAGCCAUUCGAUGCUGAACAGAUAGAGGCGUCCAAAGGGAGAAGUGGAAAUGAAAGCAAUACAUCCUCCACGAGGGGAAACACACCAAACAGUGGAAAAGAAUCCAGGGGAAAAAACACCACCGUAUCGAGUGGAAAAGGUAUGAGCAGCAAAGCAGGCGGAAAUACCAUCCAUGGUGCACAUGAAGAAGAAGAAACCAACUCUUCCAAAGGUCUAAUCGAAGAAGGUUCAGAUUUUCACAAAAAAAGCAUAGCCCUAUUUUUCAAGGUACUCCUCAGCUACCCAAGUAUCUGUAUCAUUGUAUACUUCAUCAUUUUUAACAUUUCCACGGUUUUCUACGGCAUGGUCACAGACACCUAUUUCAGCUACGACCGAUCUAUUAUCCGGGUAAUUAACGUUCUCAUGCCUAUUUCUUGCAUUCCCUGUAUUAUAUUUGGAAGGUUUAUAAACAAGUACGGAGCGGCGAUUAUAAUUAUUCUAAUGAAUGCCUGUUCUGCACUUAUGCAUUUGACGGCAUUGAUCAAGCACAGAGCGGCUGGACUUGUGUCAGCCUUCCUCUACAUGUGCGUGACGAGUAUUUACACAAGUCAGAUUUAUUGCUUCAUUCAGAACUCCUUUCCGUCUGUUGUUUUUGGGAAGCUCCUCGGAUUCGCCAGCCUCUGUGGAGGUCUCUUUUCACUGCUAUGUGAAAAUCUUUACGACCAGAUUGUGAGCAAAGACGGGGAAAGCAUCGACCCCACCAACGUCGUACUUUUGCUCGUCAUCGUUUUCAUCGUUAUGUUCCUCCCUCUUACCAUUUUGUACUUCCGAAAGUAUGAGAGAUCCAUUGAGGAUACCCACCGGGAAGAGGUCACGUCACACAGCUAG